CCUUGUUGGGGUCCCCGCCCCGGAGCCUCUCUCAGCGGUCCUUCUGACUGUGUGAGGGGAGCUGAUUAACAGGCUGUGGGGACGCCUUUGAAGGCACAUUCUGUGACUCCUCAACACAUUGUCUCCUGAGGAAACAACCCAGACCCCAUCAGGACCAGGACCAAAUGGCUGCUUCUCAGGGACCGUUGACCUUCAGGGAUGUGGCCAUAGAUUUCUCUCAGGAGGAGUGGGAAUGCCUGGACCCAGAUCAGCGGAAAUUGUACCUGGAUGUGAUGUUGGAGAACUACAGCAACCUGGUGUCCGUGGCUAUACCAUCUAAAGAUAACCAAGCCUUUAUGCCAAAGCUCAGAAUACAGGAUUUAUUCCCUGAAAUAAUACAGAAUACACAAAAUGAAGAUAGCAGUUAUCAGUGGAUUGAACAUUGGAACAAAUCUAAGAAAGAGUCAUAUCUUAAUCAUCGGACAAGUGAGCUCACAGGGGACCAUCAUAAAAGUGGAAAUGUCUUUGACCAAAUGUCCUUUCACAAUAUAUGUCAGGUUAUUCCUGUUGUGGAAAACACACACAAACUCAGGGAAAAUCGAAAAGGCUUUAAAUGUGGCAAAGCAUUCCGCCAAGCCUCAUACUUGAAUCGACAUCAGAAUGUUCAUACGGGAGAGAAACCUUACCAAUGUAGAGAAUGUGGCAAAGCCUUUAGUGAUUCCUCCAACCUUAAUCGUCAUCAGCGUAUUCAUACUGGAGAGAAGCCUUACCAAUGCACAGAAUGUGGCAAAGCAUACAUUGAGUUUGCAACACUUAAACAACAUCAAACAGUUCAUACUGGAGAGAAGCCUUAUAAAUGUACAGAAUGUGACAAAGUCUUUCGGUGUUCCUCAAGACUUAGAAUUCAUCAGAGAAUUCACACUGGGGAGAAACCUUACAGAUGUAGAGAAUGUGACAAAGCCUUCAGUAAUUCCUCCUCCCUUAAUAGACAUCAGACAGUUCAUACUGGUGAGAAGCAAUACAGAUGUACAGAGUGUGGCAAAGCCUUUGGGGACUCCUCAUCCCUUCGUUAUCAUCGGAGAGUUCAUACUGGAGAGAAGCCGUUCAAAUGUAAAGAAUGUGGCAAAGCAUUCAGUUUGGCAUCAUCCCUUAAUUAUCAUCAGAGUGUUCAUACUGGAGAGAAGCCUUAUAAAUGUAGAGAAUGUGGCAAAGCCUUUAGCAAGUACUCACACGUUACUUCUCAUCAGAGAGUUCAUAGUGGAGAGAAGCCUUAUAAAUGUAGAGAAUGCGCCAAAUCCUUUGGCACCUCCUCAGACCUUACUAGGCAUCAGAGAGUUCAUUCUGGGGAGAAGCCUUAUAAAUGCAGAGAAUGUGGAAAAGCCUUUAGCCAGUCCUCGCUCCUUAUUUCUCAUCAGAGAGUUCUCCAUGAAGAGAAGCCUUAUAAAUGUAGAGAAUGCACCAAAUCCUUUGGCACGUCCUCACACCUUACUAGGCAUCAGAGAGUUCAUACUGGAGAGAAGCCUUAUAAAUGUAGAGAAUGUGGCAAAGCCUUCAGCCACUCUAACUCCCUUAAUCAACAUCACAGAGUUCAUACUGGUGAGACUCCUUAUAAAUGCAGAGAAUGUGGCAAAGCCUUUAGCCAGUCCUCGCUCCUUACUUCUCAUCAGAGAGUUCAUACUGGAGAGAAGCCUUAUAAAUGUAGAGAAUGUGGCAAAGCCUUCAGCCACUCUAUAUCCCUUAAUCAUCAUCAGAGAGUUCAUACUGGUGAGAAGCCUUUCAAAUGUAAAGAAUGUGGCAAGGCAUUCAGUUUUGCAGCAUCCCUUAAUUAUCAUCAGAGUGUUCAUACUGGAGAGAAGCCUUUCAAAUGUAAAGAAUGUGGCAAGGCAUUCAUUUUUGUAUCAUCCCUUAAUUAUCAUCAGAGAGUUCAUACUGGAGAGAAGCCUUAUAAAUGUAGAGAAUGCGCCAAAUCCUUUGGCACCUCCUCACAGCUUACUAGGCAUCAGAGAGUUCAUUCUGGAGAGACGCCUUAUAAAUGCAGAGAAUGUGGCAAACACUUCACCCUUACCAAGUCCUCAUCUCUUAAUUAUCAUCAGAGGGUUCACACAGGAGAGAAGCCUUAUACAUGUAGAGAAUGUGGCAAAGCCUUCACUGGGUCAGCAAGCUUUACCAGCCACCAAUGAAUUCAUACUGGAGAGAAGCCAUGUAAAUGUAAUGAAUGUGGCAAAGACUUUAGCUAGUCCUCAUCCCUUUCUUGUCAUCAGAGAGUUCACACUGGAGAGAAGCCUUAUGAAUGUGGAGAAUGCAGCAAAUCCUUUGGCAUCUCUUCAGAUCUUACAAAGCAUCGGAGAUUUCAUUCUGGAGAGAAGCCUUAUAAAUGUAGAAAAUGUAACAAAGCCAUUUAUC